AUGCUUCGAUCUAAGGUCUCGUGUGGUAACUGUAAUCUAACAAGAUUCGUAAGCAAUGUAGCCGUUAUUGGCUGCGGCUUGAUGGGUUCGGGUAUUGCUGCCGUUUCAGCCGGUGCUGGGUACAAUGUCAAAGUGUUAUCCUCGAGUGAUGAUCGCCUCAAACAAUCAAAGGGUCGUGUUUCCGGGGUUUUAUGUAAAUUAGCGAAAAAUAAAUCAGGAGGUUUUGCUGAUUCAGCAAUGGCCAGGAUAAAAUUUACUACUGACAUUACCACUGCUGUUUCGGAUUCUCAGUUGGUUGUCGAAGCAGUUACUGAAGAUCUUCAGAUUAAACGCAGUCUUUUCCAAUCAGUGGAACGCCUAGCACCAAAUUCCUGUGUGCUUGCAUCGAACACUUCUGCCUUAUCAGUCAACGAAAUAGCCGAGGUGCUUUCAAGGAAGGAGUCCUUCGGUGGACUGCACUUUUUUAAUCCCGUAAGAGUGAUGAAAUUGGUGGAGAUUACUAGGUGCAGACACACAUCUGAGGACACUCUGAAGACGCUAGUAGCAUUCGCAGAGUCCCUGGGUAAGACGGUGAUUCAUUGCAAAGACACACCAGGCUUCAUAGUGAAUCGCCUUUUGGUGCCCUACCUCCUCGAGGCGAUAGAGAUGUGGGAGCGUUGCGACGCCUCCCUUGACGACAUCGAGACGGCAAUGCGCCUUGGUGCUGGCCACCCAAUGGGUCCCUUCGAGUUGGCUGACCACGUGGGGUUGGACACCCUCCUGCACAUUCUCGUCCACUGGGCAGAGCGGCAUCCCGAGGAGCGUGCCUUCCGACUCAACGCCACUGUGCGCAAAUUUGUCGCCCACGGCCGAUUCGGCAAAAAGUGCGGUUACGGAUUUUUCAAGUAUGACCAAAGUGGGCGCAUUGUCAAGGAAAAACAGUGA